AUGUAUUCCGACAAUGGAACUACAUUUGUUGGUGCGAAUCAUGAGCUAGCCGAGCUGCGCAGAAUAUUCGAGGAUCAGGCACUUCAACGAAAAUUGAACGAUUUCUGUACAUCCAAAGGAAUUGUAUGGCACUUCAUCCCGCCACGUAGUCCGCAUUUCGGUGGUAUAUGGGAGGCGGGGGUAAAAUCCGUCAAACAUCAUUUGAAGCGUGUCGUCGGUGAGACCAAACUAACGUUCGAAGAAAUGACAACAUUUCUAGCGCAGUGUGAGGCUAUCUUGAACAGUCGUCCAUUGAUUCCUGUUUCGGAUGACCCGAACGACAUCGAGGUUUUGACCCCAUCACACUUCCUUAUCGGACGAUCAGCUUUGAGCAUUCCGGAACCGUCAUAUGAGGAUGUGAAGGUUGGUCGAUUGGGACGUUGGCAACAUAUUCAGGGCCCUCCUUAG